AUGAGUACAUUUCGAGCUAGUUCAUUGUUGUUACCAUCGUAUCGAUAUCGAUCGAUAAUAAAAACUUUCACAUCGAACAAUAGUUCCAAUACAGUUCGAUCAGUUGCUGAGAGAGUUCAUGGCAAAGAUCGUAGUCGACGUUUUUUACGAAAUGUUUUGAUUGCUAAUGGAUUGGUAUGUGGAGGUGGUAGUCUUUAUUAUUUCUAUUAUCUCACACCGAAAGAACGACGACAAGUAAGAGUAACCUUCCAAGGUUUUCAACGUGGAUUUCGAUCAUUUCAAAUUGGUCUUCUUAUUGCAAUUGAUUAUAAGUAUCUCUUUUGGACCGUACCAGACACAUCACCAGAUUAUGAUGAAAAACUGAAAGAGUGUCACUCACGAGCGGCAACUCGAAUAGCGCAAGGAUGUAUUGAAAAUGGUGGUUUAUACGUCAAAAUGGGCCAAGGAAUGGUCAGUGCUGAUCAUAUUUUACCGAAAGAAUAUACCGAUGGCCUUCGUCUACUACAAGACAAAGCUUUAAGAAGACAACGAAACGAAGUUAGUCAGUUAAUUGAUGAAGAAUUCGGUUGUGAAGCAUCAGAUAUAUUUUCUUAUCUUUCUCCUGAACCAAUCGCUGCUGCAUCACUUGCCGAAGUUUAUGAAGGUCGUUUGAAAUCAACUAAUGAACGUGUGGCAGUGAAGUUGCAAUAUAUUGAUUUACAAGAUCGUUUUACCGGUGACAUAUUAACUAUUCGAAUGAUCUUAUAUGCACUAGGGAAAAUCUUUCCAAAAUUCGAAUUCGGCUGGAUGAUUGAUUCAGUUAAAACCAACUUAGAACGUGAACUUAAUUUUAAAUUAGAAGGUGAAAAUGCCGAUCUAUGCUAUGCUCAAUUAUCUCCAUAUUUGAAAUAUAUCUAUGUUCCAAAAGUUUUUUGGGAGUAUACAACGACUCGAGUACUAGUCAUGGAGUAUAUCGAUGGAAUCAAAGUUUCAGAUUUGGAUAAAAUUAAAGAAUCCGAUUUAUCUUUGAAAGAAGUCGAUACGAAACUUGUAGAAGCGAUGGCGUUUCAAAUCUUCCAUUCAGGUUUUGUACAUGCCGAUCCUCACCCAGGAAAUGUCUAUGUUCGACGAGAUCCGAAAGCUCCAGCCAAAUCUGAUGUACAAAUCGUUUUACUCGAUCAUGGUUUAUAUGUAGAUAUCAGUGCGAAAGAUCGAGCAGCAUUGUGUCAACUGUGGAAAGCAAUCAUACUGAAAGAUGAGCUGAAAAUGAAGCAAUAUGCGACGGAACUUGGUGUACAAGAUAAGGAUUAUCUGACAUUUGCAACGGUUCUUUCUAUGCGACCAAUCCAUCGGCCUAUUCAUGAACUAGCAAUUUUACCUGAAGUUUGGGAUAAAAUGUCAGCUGAUGAACAAAAAGCUGCUCGCGAACAAGGGAAAAUUCGUCUUCCUACCGAAAGAGAAUUUCUAACUCUAAGUCCGCAGCAGAAAAUGGCCAUUCGCAAAGAUUUCUCGGUCAUUUUCAACGACAUUCAAGAUAGUGUCCUCCGAACUCUCCAAGAUAUGCCUCGCUCGCUACUAAUGAUACUAAGGAACUUAAACCAAAUACGAUCAACGAUUCGUGAUCAUGGAAAUCUUAUCGAUCGACAUACCAUCAUGGCUCGAAGUGCUAUACUUGGUGCUCGAAAACAUGAAGGGCCGCGUCGAUUAUUAAAAGAUCGUAUUUAUGCUCGAUUAGAAUUAUUGCUUUUCGAUUUGAUACUUUUUAAAGAUCGAAUGGAACGCUGGUGUAAAUUCAAAUUCUUGAAAUUAUUAAUCUUUUUUGGAUAUAUCAACAAAGAAACUGGAGAUAUGAUCGAACAAUUUCAAUGA